AUGAAGACAGAAGAGUUAGAUAUCCUCCAGGCUAAACUCCAACAGAGCUCCUUCCCUAAGCAACAGGAGGAGCUGGAGAUGCUGCGCAGGACCAUCGAGGAGUGUGAGGAGACCCUGCGCAGUAGUAAGGAGGUCCAGAAGAAGGCAGAGGAGAAGUACAAGGUGUUGGAGAACAAGAUGAAGAAUGCGGAGGCAGAGAGAGAGAAGGAACUGAAAGCUUCUCAACAGAAGCUAAACUCUGCUAAAACCAAGGCUGAUGCGUUCAGUAAGAAACUCAAGGAGAGACCCCAGAGACCGGCACUGUACAACACAGCACCAACUCACUGGAUGGAGUGGAAACAGCCGAGGGCUGGCAAGCACCACGGCAAUGCGGACGCCCUCUCCCGGCGUGAUGCCUUCUUCGCUGCCUUUACCCCGACGAGGACGUCGGUCCCGAGGAGGGGGAUGUGUGAUGUCACGAGAGGCUGUGUCCUGGAGGGACGUUACAUCCCCCUGAGAUGGCUGCAAACCCAGACAGCUAUGGCUCCAUCUGCUGGUAUGGUCGGGAACUCCACCCCUCUAUGGCCAAUCUUCCCACGCAGCUGAAACAAAUCAGGAGCUGAUGAGCUGAAGGUUUUUGGAAGGGAAGAGACACACUGAGGGUGUGGGUGGGGGGUGAAGAAACACAGUCUCCAACCUGGGCUCUCUGGAGGACAAGAGUGCUGCACGUCCACUUCCAGGAGGAAUAUAAGGAUUUGGAGAUACUUACCUUUGGGAAAUACUCACCGUUUGGAUAUAUGCACCUGUGGAAAUACGUGAGAGACAUUUGGAAGGACUUUUUGCUGGGUUGGCCACUAGCUGCAACGUGGACUACAGUAAGGCUGGGGAGAAGUUAUCUGAGCGAGUGAGAAUUAUGAUUUUGGAUGUGGAAGAGACAUCCCUGAACUGUUAACCCUUAAAGAGCCACAAGAGAACAGAAUUUUGUUAUAUUUUCGUUAAUUUCCCAAGACCUAUAAUAAAAUCCUUGUUUUGUUUGAACCUUGUCUCCUUGCACUACUUGAGCAACCCCGCUGAAAGCUGUGUAGCCUCUCGUGACGUCACAGUGUGUGUGUGUGUGUGUUUUAGAACCCCUUUUGUAGCUGUGUAGUAGUGUUGACAACCAGAGGAAGACACUGCUGUAGAAUUCAGGGUCACAGAACAUAAUUGAAGAGCCACACACACACACACACACACAGAGAGAGAGAGAGAGAGAGAGACACACUCAUCAGAGAGAGGACAGAACAGGGUCUCAUUGAGUGUGUCCUGGAUGUCCUGGAUGUCAUAAAACACAGCAAUACCAUGUGACCCAGCAGACUAAACCACUGCUCAUCUACUUAAAGAGCGGCUGCCCCUAAAAGCAACUCCUAGUUUUGAAAACAGCCCUAUGUGGCAUCAAUAUGAGGCAGAAACGUUUAUUCUUGUGUCAAAAUUGACUACAAAGUGUAAAUAGGAUCAUGUUGGUCAUAAAGUCAGUCUCGUCCAAAAACUGAGAUUUGCGAGAUGAUAGGAAGAAAAUGGUACGUCACGGACCAUAACAGUUUUCUGGGUUUAUUUAAAUUCCUGCCCACAUGUGCACAGCUGGCAGCACAUAAGUAAUCAUAAAUUCACCUGAUCGUAACACCUUGGUCAAUUUGGUUUGACAUUCCAUAUCCCUACGGACUAUCAGUAAAUUACACACUGUACAUGGGACAAUAUUUUAAAAUGUCAAUCGCUCCAAAUUGCAAUGACUUUAAAACGUAAAACAACUAUAAAUUGUAGAAAUGCAUAUACAAAUAUUGAAAGCAUUUAAUGAAACAACUAAAAGAUGUGCAACAUGAAAAUAUUGUCCCAUUUACAUUGUGUAAUUUAAUGAUGGUCCCUAACUAGCCCCAGAGAUAAGCUAUCCAAUGUCAAACCAACUUUGCCAUGGUUGCACACCAGCCAGUUGAAGCUAAAUGGUGUAAUAAGUUGGCUAGCCGACGUCAAGACACGACCUGGUUAGGCUAAUUCACGUUAUCUAGAAGGGUGAGUGACUAACUGUGAAUGUACAAACGCUUGCCAGGUACGAACGCAUACACAAGAGACACCCACAUGAACCCCCCCUCUCUUCAUUACACUCUUAUACUCUUCAUUAUUCCCAGUUCUUCCUGUUUGCUUCCAAAUAGCAGAAGUGGUUUAGUUUCUCAUUCUCCUUUGAUGAUCUUCCCCAAAUGCUAUCUGAUUAACUGAAGCUAAAUACUGCUAUGCUACGCCCUGAUUAACUGAUGCUAAAUACUGCUAUGCUACGGCCUGAUUAACUGAUGCUAAAUACUGCUAUGCUACGGCCUGAUUAACUGAUGCUAAAUACUGCUAUGCUACGGCCUGAUUAACUGAUGCUAAAUACUGCUAUGCUACGCCCUGAUUAACUGAUGCUAAAUACUGCUAUGCUACGCCCUGAUUAACUGAUGCUAAAUACUGCUAUGCUACGCCCUGAUUAACUGAUGCUAAAUACUGCUAUGCUACGCCCUGAUUAACUGAUGCUAAAUACUGCUAUGCUACGGCCUGAUUAACUGAUGCUAAAUACUGCUAUGCUACGGCCUGAUUAACUGAUGCUAAAUACUGCUAUGCUACGGCCUGAUUAACUGAUGCUAAAUACCAGUGGCGGCUCCUGAACAAAUUCUCAGGGAGGGCAAUUUUUCUGAUGAUUUAGGUGACCUACACACAUUUUUAAAAAGAUAUGUCCAGCAACAACAUGAAGACAGGGGCAGCAUAUAAGUCAAUACCAGAAGCAUUUAUUGACUGAUCUCAAAAGUGUUGGCUUACAAAAGCAAAAUAAGUUAUCACAGUAAAAAUAAUCAAGGGUGUUCUUUCACAUUCCUCAACACUGCAUAAACAAUAUGCAUUUCCAUAAACAAAUGAAAUAUCAGCUGAAAAUACAGCAUCUUGGUAUUUGUUCAGAUUGCAGGAUCAACAAGAGCUUUUACCACAUUUUUUGAUAUCUGUUUAAUCUUACCUUAUGGCCUGCACUUGCUUGUGAAGCUGUCGAGGGCACGUUUGAUAGAGACAGCAUCGAUGUCCUUCUUCUGUAGCUUCUGGUACAGAAUGUCGACGUGGGGCAUGAUUUUGUGAAAAAGCCGCAGGAAAAAAAUUAAAUCUUCAUCAUGUAGUAUCCUCACGUAGCCAGCUGCCUCUCUCAAGGUGUGCUGGUCAAAUGAACCCAAUGAACCCGUCCGGAUGGCUUCAAAACAUUAUAUGAGGUCGUCUCGAUUCUCGUAGACAGUGUUCACGACUCUGCUGUUGCUAACCUCAUCGUUGUGGCGGCGGACAGCUAGCCUGUAUCCCUCAUCCAGUUGAGUGGCAAUAUUCACUCUCCCAAAAGCAGACAAUCUCAACCAGCUAUAUGUGGGUCUUUGACAGCUAAUUUUUCUUAAUCUUUUCUGAAAGAUGGUGCAUGUCGGUUACACCAGUCGCUGUCCAAGCGGUGCUGUCUGCUGUGCCGCCUUCAGGGUGGAAGAGUAAGCAGGGGUAGCAAAAAACUGCAUUAGCUACAUCGCAGCCUGCUAGCCAGGUUUUCCGUUCAUACCAAUUUUUGGAAAAUCCUCGGGUGUAGGACUUCCCCCCUUUAGUAGACACCUGUUGAAUUAUUAAAUUUGGUCUGGGAGGUCCUAAUUGUUUCGUUGCCAAUUUAUCUUCAUUUGUUCGCCGACAAAAAGGAACUUCUUUCAAAGACACAAUCGAGUUGGACUGAAGCCUAGCCAUUUUGAUAGUAGUAGUGAAUUGAUUGAGGCUGCUACCUGGUCUUUUCUAAGUUACGUUCAUUCGUGGUUACGUUAUGUAUGACGAAAGCGCGUAAGUGCAAGCCCACAGACACCCAUAGAGAAUGUAUUGAAAGCUUUGAAAUGUGACAAAAAUAGAUUUUACAUGGGAGUCUAUGACAGACUUCUGGGCGAUUUUCAACCUGACUGAAAUCGCCCAAAAAACGGGCGGGGCCAUUUGAAGCACGACUUUAGCCUGAUUUGACAUUUAGUGGCUGGCAGAUCAGACGUGAACACUGAUAACUGCUGUUGCCGUGAUAUAAUUUUUUAUAAAUUUAUAAAAAAAAAAUAUUUUUUUUUAUAUAUUUUUUUUUUUAUAUAAUUGAUUAGAAAAAAAAUCCCUUCCUUUUCCCGUUUGGCAGUGCGUCGCCCAUAUCGCCCUAUUGAACAAGCCGUCCCUGCUAAAUACUGCUAUGCUACGCCCUGAUUAACUGAUGCUAAAUACUGCUAUGCUACGCCCUGAUUAACUGAUGCUAAAUACUGCUAUGCUACGCCCUGAUUAACUGAUGCUAAAUACUGCUAUGCUACGCCCUGAUUAACUGAUGCUAAAUACUGCUAUGCUACGCCCUGAUUAACUGAUGCUAAAUACUGCUAUGCUACGCCUUGAUUAACUGAUGCUAAAUACUGCUAUGCUACGCGCUGAUUAACUGAUGCUAAAUACUGCAAUGCUACGCCCUGAUUAACUGAUGCUAAAUACUGCUAUGCUACGCGCUGAUUAACUGAUGCUAAAUACUGCUAUGCUACGCCCUGAUUAACUAAUGCUAAAUACUGCUAUGCUACGCCCUGAUUAACUGAUGCUAAAUACUGCUAUGCUACGCGCUGAUUAACUGAUGCUAAAUACUGCUAUGCUACGCGCUGAUUAACUGAUGCUAAAUACUGCUAUGCUACGCCCUGAUUAACUAAUGCUAAAUACUGCUAUGCUACGCCCUGAUUAACUGAUGCUAAAUACUGCUAUGCUAUGCCCUGAUUAACUGAUGCUAAAUACUGCUAUGCUAUGCGCUGAUUAACUGAUGCUAAAUACUGCUAUGCUACGGCCUGAUUAACUGAUGCUAAAUACUGCUAUGCUACGCCCUGAUAAACUGAAGCUAAAUACUGCUAUGCUACGCCCUGAUAAACUGAUGCUAAAUACUGCUAUGCUACUCCCUGAUAAACUGAAGCUAAAUAAUGCUAUGCUAUGCCCUGACAGAAUAUGAUUGAUAUUAUAUUGGCUUUUUUUUUCUCAGAAAUCCCCAAAUGCUAUCUGAUAAAGAAAUCCAAGUGUCCCAAAUGGCACCCUAAUCCCUAUGAAGGCUCUGGUUAAAAGUAGUGCACUAUAAAGGGAAUAUGGUGCUAUUUUGGACACAUCCACGGUACAUGCAUUGUCCAGACAGAACGAUAGUAAUCUAACACCAAAAUGUUCUCUCUUUGUCUUCCAGAAAUCCUCCAAGGCAUCAGAGGAUGCCAGCGGUGAUCUGAAGAGAGACAGAACAGAGAGAAAAAGCGUCAGUUUCCUCAACUGUGUCGGUGUGAUCUCAGCGGACGGAGGAGACAGCACCAGCACCAUGGAGGCGGAGGCCCACCCUGAGAGCUGCUACCCCAGCCAAGGGCUCAACGGCCAGGGCAACAAACACCAGCCACAGCCCCUGGACAUUGAGGUAGCUCAUGAGAUAGCCUACUUAGACGAGGUGUUAGAAUCUAACUGCUGUGACCCUGGGGUUGAUACCACGCCAUCACCCUCUAACGGGACUGCGACCCCUGAGAAACACCCCAGGGAGGUCAGCAUCGACGGGACCGGGCCGUCUGUCCACAUCUCCAACACAGACACAACAUGCCCACAGACCAACCAUGAGGUCAUAGUAGAGGGGAGGAAGCAGACUAUCUUAAUUGAACACCAGGAUGUCAAUUACACCAACAACACCUAUAACACCAAGCCCAACGGCCACUCUGGACCAAUGGGAGGAGAGCAGGAGAACUACAGGAAGCAGGGAGGAGAGACAACAUCCCCCACUAUGACCACCAUCAAGAAGGAGGCGCGUUUCGAGCUACGGGCCUUCAAGGAGGAGAAAAAGCCGUCCAAGCUGUUCGACCCGUGUGAGAAGGAAGUGCGCGUGAAGAAGGUGCGUCCCUCGGAUGAGGUGGCAGAGCUGGAGAGGGAGAGGCUGGAGCUGAUCAGGGGCCAGGCGGUAAAGAAGAACCCAGACAUGGGGACAAAAUGGUGGAACCCUCCUCAGGAGAAGAGUCUGGAGGAGGAGCUGGAGCCAGACAAACUAGAGUCACACAGGAAGUACGAGGAGAGGAAGCAGCAGAUGAGGUCAGAGUUCACUGGUGGGAUGUCCCAGACGUACACCCAGUACUCCAUGACCUUUGACCCUAAUGCUGACCCUGAGCCUGGCCGCGACACGCCCGAGCUCUUCCAGAGCACCAAGGAGGACAUUGUGGUGGAGCAGAUCGACUUCUCUACCGCCAGGAAGCAGUUCCUCCAGAUAGAACGCGCCAGGCAGCAGGCGGCCGAGAGGUCACAGGUCACAGCUCCCAAGAGAGACGUGGCUCCCCAGCUGUACUCGGCCAAGCCCUUCUCCAGAUCGCCAGACACCGUCACCCACGUGGAGCGAUCCUCCGGUUACGUCACUGUGAGCUACAGCAGUUACCAAGGCUCACCACUAGAGGGCAGCGACGCAACCAACACCACGGUCCGGGCAGAGAGGAUCUAUUGCAGCCCAGGAGGGUCCCAGUCCCCCACCUCUACCCUGGGGAGGGGCCUGGGGCUGGGGCUGGGAAAGGGAGAUCCCAGUAAUAGUGGCCCCAAGGAGGACUGGAUGGAGAACAGAGACAGAGACGGAGACUUUACCUGCGCCAGGGCCAUCAUGACCAUCCUAAAAGAUGAGAAGGACUCUCUGUCCCUCCAGCAUUGUUCCUCCUCCCUCCAUAGCCCCAGCACCUCUCUGUCCUCCUGCCACCCCGAGGAAUGUGACUCCGGGCUGGGCGAGCUGUCCCUGCGCUCCCUGGAUAACACUACGCUGGACGACUUCAGCAUGAAUAACGUGUCCGACAGUGGGGCGUCAAACGAGACCAUGACGGCCUACCUGGGGGAGACGUCUCUGGGGGAGUACUCCUUCCCCUCCACCCCCCAGGCCACCACGCCCGUCAACGGAAAGAUGGAGGGAGGCACACCCAUGUCCCCUGGGGAACAGAAUGAGGGAAGAGGCACCCCCAUGUCCCCUGGGGAACAGAACGAGGGAAGAGGCACCCCCAUGUCCCCUGGGGAACAGAACGAGGGAAGAGGCACCCCCAUGUCCCCUGGGGAACAGAACGAGGGAAGUCAGAGUCUGUUGGAGGAGGAGCUGGAGUACCAUGCAGGGAUCCUGGUGCAGAGUGUCAUCCAGCACGCCAUGAUGAACCAGAACCAGACUCAGCAGGGCGAGGAGUGGCAGGGGGUCGCCCUCGCCGCGCCACAGUCCUCCCCCCUCCCCCUCCAGGAGAGGCACGUAGACUUAGACGUUCUACCGCCGUCUUCUGGGAACCUUUUAUCACAACCUACAGAGUAUCAGUCACCCGCACCUCUAUACCUCCAGUCACCCACACCUCUAUACCUCCAGUCACCCACACCGCUAGACCUCCAGUCACCCGCACCGCUAGACCUCCAGUCACCCGCACCGCUAGACCUCCAGUCACCCACACCGCUAGACUCACCUCCAAGCCCACUGCAGCAGUCACCAACACCCUUACAGUCCCUCCAGUCAGCCCCACCCCAGUACCAGUCAACUCCAUCACCUCAGCCACUGUCACCUCCAGCCCAGUUCCAGUCAAGUCCAACCCAACAUCAGUCUCCUUCACCCCAGCUCCAGCCCCUCCUAACCCCGAUGGAGAGACCUGCCUACGCCUCCCCUCCACAGAGAUCUUCAUCCGGGGGUCCUAAGAUCCUCAUCCAGUCCGCACUCAGUCGUUCGCUGGCCCUAAACCCAGACCCCGUCCCAGCCCGCACUCCUGUCCUCAUCCCUCCCCGUCCCAUAGAGCCCUACCAGCCUCCAGAGCUGUCUCCGACCCUGAGUGAAAAGGACCAGUUCAGCUUCUUCUCUAAGUACUCCGAGGCGGCCGAGCUCCGCAGCACAGCCGCAGGGACCAAAGCCCAGGAGACUGAGCAGAGUGCCGGGCCAUUCAAGCUGCGCUCCCGGAAGCAGAGGACUCUGUCCAUGAUCGAGGAAGAGAUCCGAGCGGCGCAGGAGAGAGAGGAAGAGCUGAAGAAGCAGAGGCAGAGACCGGGAGCGGUGAGGUCAGGACUGGACCCCAGAACCAACCAGACAGGCAGGCCCAAGACGAUAACUAUCAUCCCCAGGGACCAGCACAAGACCAACAGCCUGCCCGCCAAACUCACCCUCUCUGGGAGCCUGCCACCCACCAAACUCACCCUCCCCUAUCCCCUAAACUAUUCUGGGGGGGCCGGGCCCCCUCCCCCCCGUACGCGAAACCAGGUGACCCAAGGGGAAUUAACCCCUUUUCUGCCGCCUUUUUUUUUAUCAAGGAACUAAAAGGGGGGUUUAAGGACCCCCCCUUUAAAAAAACUUAAUUAUUUUUGUUUUGUUGGUCCCCUUUGGGGGCGCUUGUAUACCCCGGGAACUAUUUCCCCCUUCCAAAACCGCGGCCAACAAUUCCCCGUUUAAAAAAGGGGGGGUAAUUUUUUCCCCCUUUUUUUGGGGGUUUCAAUAAAAAAUUUGCCCCCUGAUAACCUUAGACCUUUGGGGGUUUUUUUCCCGUGUUUCAUGUUUCCCCCCAAAAAAGGUUAAUUUUAUUGGGGCUAUUUUGGCCCCCUCCUUUUUUCGGCUUUCAUUAAAAAAUAAACCCCCAAAAAUACCGAAGCAUUGGAUCCAGGGGGAAAAUGUUGUCCCCUUGGGAAACCUCCCUUUUCCAAAACCUACAAAAUUACGGGCCCCUCUGGACCCCACUUCCCAAAAACCCUACCCCGUUCCCGGCACCGGACUCCCCCUGGCCAAAAAAACUACCCCCUUACAGCCCCUUUUGGGCCCACGCCUUGCCAAAACACUACACAUUAAACAGUCAUUUGGACUCCACUCUGAAAAACACUCCCCGUUACAGCCCUUUCUGACUUCCCUCUGCCAAAACCCCCUCACAUUUUACGUCACUCGGACUCCAUCCCCAAAAACCCUUUAAAACCGUUACGUCCCCUCGGGAAACCCCACUCUCCAAAAACCUACCCCUUUUACAUAAACUCUGACUCCCCCCUUGCCAAAACUACACUUAAACACCCACUCUGACUCCACUCUAAAAAAACACUACACAUUUUCCCUUCACUCUGGACCCCCAUUCCCCCAAAAACAUUACCCCGUUACAGCCCACUCGGGACUCCCACCUCCAAAAACUACACAUUUCCACCCCACUCUGGACUCCACUCUGCCAAAACACUACACAGUUACUCAUUUCGGAUUUCCACCUCCCCAAAAACAUCCCUUUUUUACAGUCACUCUGGCCCACCCCUUUCCGGGCAAAACCCCACAAAUUUACGCCCACCCCUGACUCCACUCUGCCAAACACUACCAGUUACAGUCCCUCUGGACCCACUCUGAAAAAAACUAAAACAUUUCCCAGUCACUCUAACUCCCUCGGCCAAAAACCACUACCAUUUUACAGCCCACUCGGGACCCCAUCGGCCAAAACAAAAACCGUUAAAAGUCCUCUGGACUCCCACUCUAAAAACACAUUUUUUUUACAGUCACUCGGACUCCACUCUGCCAAAACACUAAAACCGUUACUUUCACCUGGACCCCCACUCUGAAAAAACACUAAAACCUUUUUACAGUUUUUGGGACUCCAUCUGAAAAAACCCCUACACUUUUCCCUUUCCACUCUGGACUCCACUCUCCCAAACCCUACCCAUUUUUCCCGUCACCCCGGGACAUCCACUCUCCCAAAACACUACCCCUUUUCCCGGUCACUCUGGACUCCACUCGGGAAAAAAACCUACUUUUUAAGUCAUUUGGACUCCCCUCCCAAAACACUACAAUUACAGUCACUUUUAACCCCACUCUCCCAAAAACACUACCAGUUACAGUAAACUCGGACUCCACUCUCCAAAAACACUACACAGUUACCCCCCUUUCGGACUCCCCUCUCCCAAAAACACUACACUUACGGGUCACUCUGACUCCACUUUUCCAAAAACACAAAACCCCAUUUCCGUCACUCGGACUCCACUCUCCCAGAACACAAACCACAUUUUUACAGUCACUCUGGACCCCCCACUCGGGCCCCAAAAACACAAACACAGUUAAGUCACUCGGGAAACUCCACUCUCCCAAAACACAAAAUUUUACGGGUCCCUCGGGACUCCACUCUCCAAAACACAACAUUUUCCAGCCCAUUUCUGGACUCCACUCGGGCAAAACACUACACAGUUACUCCUCUGGACCCACUCCCCAAAACCCUUCCAAUUUUACGGGUCACUUUUGGGACCCCAUUUGCCAAAACACUAAACAUUUUUACUUUCACUCGGGACUCCACCUCCCAAAAAAACACUACACGGGAAAGUCCCCUUUUGGACUCCACCCCGGGGCCAAAACCCUACACUUUCAGUCCCCUCUGGAUUUCCACUCUCCCAAAAACCCUAUACAUUCCCAGUCCCGGGGGGGCCCCACUCCCAAAAACCUACCCCCAUUCAGUCAUCUAAAAAAUCCACUUCGGGAAAAACACUACCAUUUUAAAGUCACUCCCCGGGACUCCAUCGGGAAAAAAAAAAACCAGUUACAGUCACUUUUGGACCACUCGGGAAAAACCCUAACAUUUUCAUUCACCUGUCCACUCUCCAAAACACUAACAUUUUUUUUACAGUCACUCGGACCCCCCGGGAAAAAAACCAACAGUUACAGUCACUCUGGACUCCAUCUCCCAAAAACCCUACACAGUUAAGUCACUCGGGACUCCACUCGGGAAAAACACUACACAGUUACGGGUACCUUCCGGAUAACUUGCCAAACCAAACCCAUUUUUUCAAAGUCCCUGGACCCCACUUGAAAAAAAAACCCCAGUUAAAAAUAAAACUUGGAAAAAUCCCUUCUCCAAAAAUUUUUUAAAGAAAAGGGUACCGGACUCCAACUUUGGAAAAACCCACACACCAGUUAAAGGGGGGCCAACUAAAAACAUUUCCUUUUAACAAACCCCUUGAAAAGAAAAAACCGGGUUUUUUUAAAACCGUUGGGUGGGUUUUUACAAAAAAAUGAUUAGAGAAGAGGGGCCCAAGUUUUUAAAAAACCUUUAAUUAAAAGAGGAGGGGACCAUUACUACAACAGGAUUAGAAAAGAGAGAGACAUUUCCCUUACAAAGGGAUUAAGAGAGAGGGGAACCAAAGUUACUCCCAAAAUAAAUUAGAGGGGAAAAGAGACCAGUUACUACAACAAAAUUAAAGAGAAGGGGAAGGGGCCCCAAAGUUACAAAACAUGUUUAAAGAGAGAGAGAGCCCAGUUCCCCAAAACCCUUAUUAGAAGAGAGGGGGACCAUUUUACUACAAACUGAUUAGAGAGGGGGGGGACCAUUCUACAACUAUUAAAAAUAGAAGGACCAGUUACUACAAACAUAAAUUAGAGAGAGAGAGCCCCUUUACUACAACAUAUUAGAGAGAGGGACCAGUUAUUUAAACCCUGUUUUGAGAAGAGGGACCUUACUACAACAUGAUUAAGAGAAGAGCCCCUUACAAACCAACAUGUUUAAGAGAGAGAGACCAUUAUUACCCCUGUUUAAGAGAGAGGGGGACCAUUUUACUACAACAUGAUUGAGAAAGGGGACAUUUAAAACUACAACAUGUUUAAGAAGAGGGGGACCAUUUACUACAACAUGGUUAGAGAGAGAAGACCAUUUACAAAAACAUUUUAAAGAGAGAAAACCCAGUUCUACAAAAAUUAUUAAGAAGAGGGGGCCCCUUUAAACCCCAAAACUGAAAGAGAGAGAGAGACCGGGUUACUCCCAACAUGAUUAGAGAGAGAGAGACCAUUUUCCCUACAACAUGUUUUAAAAGAGAGGGGGGAAAACCAUUUCUACAACAUAUUAGAAAAGAGGGCCCAGUUACCCAAACUUUAUUGGGAAAAGAGAGAAAACCAUUACUAAAAACAUGAUUAAGAAGAAGACCUUUCUACAACAUGAUUAGAGAGAGAGAGAGACCAGUUACUACAACAUGAUUAGAGAGAGAGGCCAAAGUUACUAAAAACCAUAUUAGAGGGAGAGAGACCAUUUACUCCCAACAUGAUUAAGGAGAGGGGAAAAGUUACUACAAAAAUGAUUAAGAGAAAGCCAGUUCUAAAACAUAUUAAAAGAAGGGGGCCCAUUACUACAACUUUAUUAAGAAAAGAGGGGGAAAACCAAAAUAAAACCCUGUUUAGAAGAGAAGCCCUUUUUACAAAAAACAUGAUUAGGAGAAGAAAACCCCACAAACAACAUGAUUAAAAGAGAGGGGGCCCCAAUUUCCCCUACAACCUUCUUAGAGAGAGAGGGACCCUUUACUACAACAUGAUUAGAGAGAGAGGCCCAAUUACUCCCAACAGGAUUAGAGAGAGGGGAGACCAUUUUAUUUACAAACAGAUUAAAGAAAAGGGGAACCAGUUACCCCCCAAAAAUUUAAAAAUUAGAGAGAGAGGGGGGACCAGUUAUCCCAAAAAAUGUUUAAGAAAAGAGAGGGGAAAACCAUUUCCCCAAACAUGAUUAGAGAGAAAAACCAGUUACUAAAAACAUGAUUAGAGAGAGAGGGGGACCAGUUAUAAAAACUGAUUAGGAAGAGGGCCCAUUUUACUACAACUGUUUAGAGAGAGGGGCCCCUUUACUAAAACUGUUUAAAAGAGAGAGAGGGACCAGUUCUACAACAUGUUUAAAGGAGGAGGGCCCUUUUUUUAAAAAAAACACAUGAUUAGAAGAGAGAACCUUUUUACAAAAAACAUAAAUUAGGGGAGAGAGAGCCCAGUUACAAACAACAUGAUUAGAAGAAAAGGACCAUUUUCCUACAACAUUUUUAGAGAGAAGAGACCAUUACUAAAAACAUGUUAGAGAGAGAAGACCAUUUUACAAAACAUGAUUAAAGAGAGGGGGACCAUUUACUAAAAAAUUUUGAGGAGAGAGGGACCAUUUUUACUACAAAAAAUGUUAGAGGGGAAAAGGGGGACCAUUAUUACAUAAAAAUGAUUAGAAUAAAAAAACCAGUUACUACAACAUGAUUAAGAGAGAGAGACCAUUUUACAAAUUCCCAAAAACAGUUUAAAAGGGAGAGAGACCAUUUUACUAAAACAAUUAAAAGAGAGAAGCCCAUUACUACAAACUUUAUUAAGAGAGAGAAAAACCCUUUUACAAACAACAGGGAUUAGAGAGAGAGAGGGCCCCUUUCCCCUUAAAAAACCUUUACAACAUAAAUUUAGAGAGAGGGGACCAUUUUACUAAAACCCAUGAUUUAGAGAAGAAAAAAAAAACCUUUUUAAACCUACAAAAUGAUUAGAAGAAAAUGGCCCUUACAAAAAAACAUGAUUAAAAAGGCCCAGUUACUAAAACAUGAUUAGAGAAGAGGGGCCCAUUUUACUCCAACUUUAUUAGAGAAAAAACCAGUUACUACAACAUAUUAAAAGAGAGAGACCAUUCAAACAACUUUAUUAAAAGGGGAGAGAGGGACCAUUUAAACUACAAAUAAAUUAGAGAGAGAGAGACCAGUUACUACAACAUGAUUAGAGAGAGAAUACCAUUACCCCAACAUAAAUUAGAGAGAGAGGGCCAGUUCCUACAACAUAUUAAAGAAAAUUACCAUUUAAACUAAAACCCUUUUUAAGAGAGAGGGCCAUUUAUAAAAUAUGAUUAGAGAAGAGGGACAGUUACUCCCAACAUAAAUUGGGGAAGAAAACCCUUAAACUAAAACUUUAUUAAAAAGAGAGAGACCAGUUACUACAACUUUAUUAAGAGAGAGAGGGACCAGUUAUUAAAACCCUGAUUAGAGAAGAGAGACCAUUUUACUACAAAAAAUGAUUAGAAAAGGGGAACCUUUAACUAAAACCUGUUUUAGAAAAGAGAGGAAAAAGUUACAAAACCUGAAAAGGGAGAGGGACCAGUUUUAAAACAUGAUUAAGGGAGAGCCAUUUACUACAAAUUUUUAAAGAGAGGGGGAAACCAUUUACUACCCCAUGAUUGAGGAAAAGGGGGCCAUUUUACUACAACAUGAUUAGAGAGAGAGAGACCAGUUAUUUAACCCCUUUAUUGAGGGGGAAAAACCAUUUUUCAACAACAGAUUAAAGAGAGAGGGGGCCAAAUUUACAAACCAAAAAUUGAAAAAGACCAUUUUUACAAAAACAUGAUUAAGAAGAGGGGACCUUUUACUACAACAAAUUAGAGAGGAGGGGCCCGUUUAUUAAAAACAUUAUUUAAAGAAAAAGGGGGCCCAAAUUUUACUAAAACCUGUUUUUAGAGAGAGAGAGCCCAAAGUUAUAAAAACCUGAUUAGGGGGGAAAGGGGGAAACAGUUCUACACUUUAUUAGAGAGAGAGAUCCCAUUUUACUAAAACCAUGUUUAAAGAGAGGGGGGCCCAAAUUUUAUUUAACAACAUGUUUAAAGGGGAAGGGGGACCAGUUUACUACCACAUUUUAGAGAAGAGAGAACCAGUUACUACAAAAACAUGAUUAGAGGAGAGGGGGCCCAGUUACUACAACAAAUUUAGAGAGAAGGACCAGUUACUAAAACCCUUAUUAGAAAAAAGAGAGGGGGACCAGUUACACACAUGAUUAAAGAGAGAGAGACCAUUUAAACUACAAAAUGAUUAGAAGAGGGGGGCCCCAUUUACUACAACUUUAUUAGAAGAAAAAGGGGGCCCAGUUACACAACAGGGAUUAAGAGAAGGGCCCCCAUUUUUACUACAAAAAAUGAUUAGAAAAACCAGUUACUCCCAACAUGAUUAGAGAGGAGAAAACCAUUUUACACAAAAAUAAAUUAAGAGAGAGGGGGACCAUUUUAUUAAAACAGGAUUAGAGAGAAGGGACCAUUUUUUACUCCCAACUUUAUUAGGGGAGAAGGGGGCCCAUUUUUAACUACAAAAAUGAUUAGAGAGGGAACCAUUACUACAAAAUUUUUAAGAGAGGGACCAUUUUACUAAAACUGUUUAAAGAGAAAAGCCCAUUUUACUCAAAACAUGAUUGGGAGAUAAAAGGGGGCCCAAAUUUAUUAAAAACAUGAUUAAGAGAGGGAACCAUUUUAUUUACAACAUGAUUGGGAGGAGACCAUUUUACACCCCAUAAAUUAGAGAGAGAGGGGCCAUUAAAACAACAUAAAUUAAAAAGGAAACCAGUUACUACCGGGAAGAGAAGAGAGGGACCAGUUCCUACAACUGAUUAGAGGGAAAAGGGACCAUUACUACCAUGAUUAGAAGAGGGACCAUUUUACUACAACUAUUAGCGAGGGGAAAGCCCAUUACUACAACAUGAUUAGAAGAGAGGGGGGACCGUUAUUCCCAACCCUGAUUAAAAGAGAGAAGACCAUUUUCUAAAAACCUACCUAUUAGAGAGAGAAAGCCCUUUUACUACAACAUGUUUUAUAGAGAAAACCAACACAAAAAAAAAAAAACCCAAAAGGGGGGUUGGGGGGGGGGGGUUUUUGGGGGGGGGGGGGGGGGUUGGGGGGGGUUUUUUGGGGUUUGGGGGGAACCAAAACCCCCAACAAAAAAAAAAAACCCAAAAACCCCCAAACCCCCCUUGGUUUUGGGGGGGGGGGACCCAAAACCAAAAAAAACAAAAAUUUGGGAAAACCAAACCCCAACAAAAAAAAACCACCCAAAAAAAAAAAAAAAACCAUUUCCUCCAACGUGAUUGAGAGGAGAGCAGUUCUAAAACCCUUAUUUAAGAAGAAGGCCCAUUUUACUACAACAGGAUUAGAAGAGCCCAGUUACUACAACAUUUUUAGUAGGUGAAAACCUUUACUAAAACCCUUGAUUAGAAAGAAAAAGACCAGUUAUACCCCAUGAUUAGAGAAGAGGGGGGACCCAAAUACUACAACAUGAUUAAGGAGAGAGGGCCAGUUUCCUACAUCUGAUUAGAGAAGAGGUAAAAGUUACUAAAACUGAUUAAGAAAGAGCCCAGUUUACCUCCCAACAGUUUAGAGAGAGGGGAAAACCCAUUUACACAAUGAUUAAGCGAGAGAGGGACCAUUUACUAAACAUUUUUAAAAGAGAGAUAAGACCAGUUCCAAACAACAUGAUUAGGGAAAAAGAGACCAUUUAUUUAAAAACCCACUUUUAAGAGGGAGAAAACCUUUACUACCCCUGAUUAAAACGAAGAGAGAACCUUUUCUACACAUUUAGAGAGAGGAGACCAUUUUACUAAAACAUAAAUUGAGAGAGAGAGCCCAGUUACAAACAAAUUUUUAGGGGAGGGGGGCCUUAUUUACAACUGAUUAAGAGAGGGGCCCCGUUACUACAACCUGAUUAGGGGAAGAGAGAGACCUUUUUACUACAAAAGAAUGGGAAAAAAGACCAUUUUACUACAACAUUAUUAAGAAGAGGGGGAACCUUUACUACAACAUGAUUAGAGAGAGAGGAAAAGGGUUACUCAACUUUAAAAAAAAAAUUGAAGAGAGACCAUUUACUAACAACAUGAUUAGAGAAGAGAGCCAUUUUACUAAAAACAUGAUUAGAGAGAGAGGGGCCCCUUUUUACUACAACAUUUUUUGAAGAGAGGAGACCAGUUACUAAAAACAUUUUAGAAGAGAAGGGCCCCUUUUACUACAAAUAUUAGAGAGAGAGAGGGGCCAGUUACUCAACAUGAUUGAAAGAAAACCAAAGUUACUACAACAUAAAUUGAGAAGAGGGACCAGUUACUAAACAUGUUUUAGAGAGAAGGGGACCAGUUACUACAACUUUAUUAGAGAGAGAGAGCCCAGUUACUACCCCAUGUUUAAGGGGAGAGAGACCGUUACACAAAAAUUUUGAGAGAGAGAACCAUUUACUAAAAAACAUGUUUAAAGAAGAGAGAACCAUUUCUCCCAACAGGGUUUAAAGAGAGAGACCAUUACUACAACAUUUUUUAGAGAGAGAGAGAGAGACCAUUUACUCCCAACCCCAUGAUUGGGAAAAGAACCAUUUUCUAAAACCCAUGUUAGAGAGAGCCCCAGUUACAAACAACAUGUUUAAAAGAGAGAGAGAGCCCCAAUUACAAAAAACAUGUUUUAGAGAAAAAGGGACCAUUCUCCACAUGAUUAGAGGAGAAAGGCCCUUUUUUACACAACUGUUUUAAGAGAGAGAGAGAGACCAUUUAUUUAAACCCUGAUUAAAAAACCCAUUACUAAAAACUUUAUUAGAAAGACCAUUACAACAACAUGAUUAGAAGGGGAAGGGGACCAUUUACUAAAAACAAAUUAUAGAGAGAGGGGCCCAUUUCCACAACAUAUUAGAGAGGAGAAGACCAUUAACAAAAACAAAAUUAUAGAGAGAGGGCCCCGUUACUACAACUAUUAAGAAAGAGGGACCAGUUACUAAAACCUUUUUAAAUAGAGAGAGAGCCCCAGUUUUUACCCAAAACAUGUUAGAGAGAGAGGGCCCAAAUUACAAAAAACAUGAUUAGAGAGAGAGAGACCUUUCCACAACUUUAUUAGAGAGAGGGGAGAGCCCAGUUUCCCAACUUUAAAUUAAAAGGAGAGGGACCGUUACUACACCUUUAUUAGAGAGGAGAGACCAGUUCAAACAAAAAACCAUGAUUAGAUAAGAGAGAAAACCCUUUUACUCCCAACAUGAUUAGAGAGGGGACCAUUACUAAAAACUGAUUAGGGGGCCAGUUACUAAAACCCUGUUUAGAGAGAAGAACCAUUUUACUCCCAACAUGAUUAGAGGAGAGAGAGACCAGUUACUCAACAGAUUAAGAGAGAGAAGACCAUUUUACUAAAACCCUUUAAUUAGAGGGGAAGAGAGCCCCUUUACACAACAUGAUUAAAAUAGAGACCUUUUACUACAACUGUUUUAGAGGGGAAGAGACCAUUUACACCCCCUGAUUGGAGAGAGAGAGACCAUUCAAAAAACAUGAUUAAGCGGAGAACCAUUUAAAUACAACUGUUAGAGAGAGAGGGGAAACCAAAAAGUUACUCCCAAAAAAAAUGAUUAGAAGAGAGAGACCAGUUCUACAAAAAAUGAUUAAGAAAGAAGCCCAUUCUAAAACAAAUUAGAGAGAGAGAGAGCCCAUUACUACAACAUAAAAUUAAAGGAGAGCCCAGUUUACUACAACAGGGGAAUUAGAGGGGAAGAGGGCCAUUUUUAAAACCCUGUUUGAAGAGAAAACCCAUUUUCUACAACUUUAUUUAAAAAGAGAACCAUUUACUACAUCAUUUUUAGAGAAGAGGGCCCAUUACUACAAAUGUUUAGAGAGAGAGAGCCCUUUUUUACUACAACAUAUUAGAGAGAGAAAACCAUUUUCCCUACAAAAAAAUGAUUAGAGAGAGGGGACCAGUUACAAAACAUGAUAGAGAGAGAGAGCCAUUUUACUACAACAAUUAGGAGAGAGAGACCAUUUUAAUUUACAAAUAUUAGAAGAGAGGGACCAGUUAUUUAAAAACAACAUGUUUAAAGGAUAGAAAAACCAUUUUACAAACAACUUUAUUAGAGAAAGCCCCAGUUACUAAAAAAUAAAGGGAGAGAGAGAACCAGUUACAAACAACAUGAUUAGAGAGGAGAGAGAGGGGGCUAUAGUGGUGAACAAAAACAAUAAACAACUAUAGGGGGUAAAUGUAAACGAUAGUUUUGUUAAUUAAAUCCACUCUCUCUCUCUUUUUUGUUUUUAAAAUUUUUGGGUUUAAAAAAACAAAAAAACCUUUUGGGGGUUUUCCUUGUGCCCGGGGCCUGCUCCUAACAAACUAUUAUUUUCCUUUUGGGUUAAGGGGGCCUGCUCCUAACAACACUAUUAGGUCCUGUGUGUAACGGGGCCUGCUCCUAACAACACUAUUAGGUCCUGUGUGUAACGGGGCCUGCUCCUAACAACACUGUUAGGUCCUUUUGAAAAGGGGGCCCUGCCCUAAAAACCACUUUUAGGCCUGUUUAAAUUGGGGCCUGCUCCUAAAAACACUUUUUAGGCCUGUGUGUAACGGGGCCUGCUCCUAACAACACUAUUAGGUCCUGUGGGGAAAGGGGGCCCUUUGCCCCUAACAAAAACAUUAGGCCCCUGUGGUAACGGGGCCUGCCCCUAACAACACUAUUGGGUCCGGGUGGGGUAAGGGGGGCCUGCCCCUAAAAACCCUAUUGGGUCCUUUUUUUAAAGGGGGCCUUUGCCCCUAAAAACCCAUUAGGUCCUGUGUGUGGGCCGGGGCUCCAAACAAAAACUAUUGGGGCCCCUGUUUAAGGGGGCCUCCCUCCAACAACACUUUUUGGGUCCGUGUGUAACGGGUCCUUUCCUAAAACACUUUUGGGUCCUGUGUGUAACGGGGCCUGCUCCUAACAACACUGUUAGGUCCUGUGUGUAACGGGGCCUGCUCCUGUAAUUUUCCAUAUUUUUUAUCCCCUUUUUUAAAAGCUUCUGAGGCUGUGGGAAACAUUUUGGGGAAUGUUUUUGAAAUUAUAGGCUGCCUAACUCUGCCUCUGACGUUCCUAUCUCCUGAUUGGCUAUUUAAACAGAGUCCUGCAGUUUUUAUUAGAAGGGGUGGGCUUCUCUAUGUUCUAAAUGUUUAGUUCUCUAAGCUUGUCUUGCAGCAGUAUCCCACAACCCACUGCUCUCCCUUCUAUUAAUAAAAUGCAGUGGUGGUUUUUGUGGUGAAUCACUUCCCCCUUGUGCUAAUGAGCCAGUACUGCAUUACUGAAUUCAGUAGACAUGAUGCCGCCCUUCCCAUUUAAAACCAAAUUUUAAAGGAGGGCCCUAAAAAUUUUAUAUUAAAACUGAUGUUUUUGACAUAACAGAUUUAUCCUGUAUGUUUUAAACAUUUCCGGGGGUUUAUUUUGUGAAACUGCCCUAUACAAGUGGAUCAUUGUACAUAUUAAACAAAAUAAUUUGUUUUGGGGCAUGCCCUUUAAAUAUCUUUUUAUUCUGUGUGUACAACCUGCAGGUAAGAUAGAGAAGAUGCGUCCCAUGCCUCUGCUUCCCUCCUUCCUUCGUCUGAGAUCCCUGCCUCGCCGUCUUGGACUGGGGGGUAGCGUGUCGUCUCAAAUCUUCUCUAGACUCCUGAUGAAGCUACGGUCACAGUGAAGUCGGCUGGAGAAAGUAGAAGCAGUGUAGUGUUAGUUAGUAGUGUGCAGUAGUGUAGUUCAGUGUAGUGCGUAGUAGUAUAUGUAGUGUAGUUUAGUAGUGUAGUAUGUGUAGUAGUAGUGUCGUAGUCGUAGUAGUAGUGUCGUAUGUAGGUAUUAGUAGUUGUCAGUAGUCAGUAGUAGUGUGUAGUAGUAGUAGUGUAGUUAGUGUAGUAGUAGUACGUAUCGUAGUAGUAGUCGUUAGUGUACGUAGUGCUGUAGUAUAGUAUGUAGUGUGUAGUAGUACGUAGUAUGUAGUAGUAGUAGUAGUAGUGUAGUCGUAGUAGUGUCGUUAGUAGUCAGUAGUAGUAGUAGUUAGUAUAGUAGUAGUCUAGUCGUGUCAGUAGCAGUCAGUCAGUAGUAUAUAGAGUCUAGUAUGUAGGUAUAGUAGUAGUAGUUAGUAGUUAUAGUGUAGUGUAGUCGUAGUAGUACUAGUAGUGUAGUAGUAGUAGUAGCGUAGUAGUAGUGUAGUAGUAGUGUAUGUGUAGUCAGUAGUAGUUAGUAGUAGUAUAGUAGUAUAGUAGUAUAAUAGUAGUAGCUAGUAGACGUAAUAGUAUAGUAUAGUAGUAGUGUGAGUAGUAUAGUCGUAGCAUAGUAGUAUAGUACGUAGUAUAGUAGUAGAGUAGUGUAGUAGUAGUGUAGAUGUACAGUAAGUAGUAAGUAGAUGUAGUAGUCUGCAGUAGUAAGUAGUAGUAGUAGUCGUAGGUAGUAGUAGUAGUAGUAGUAGUAGUAGGUAGUAGUAUAGUAGUAUAGUAGAUAUUAGUAGUAGUAGUAUAGUAGUAGUAGUAGUAUAGCAGUAGUAGUAGUACGUGUAGUAGUAGUAUAGUAGUAGUAGUAGUAGUAGUAGUAGCAGUAGUAGUAGUAGUAGUAGUAGAUAGUUAAGUGUAGUAGUAGUAGUAGUAGUAUAGGUAGUAGUAGUAGUAGUAGUAGUAUAGUAGUAGUAGUAUGUAGUAGUAGUAGUAGUAGUAGUAGAGUGUAGUAGUAGUAGUAGUAAGUUAGUAGUAUAGUAGCAGCUAUAGUAGUCGUAGUAGUAGCGUGUAGCAGUAGUAGUAGUAUAGUAGUAGUAGUAGUUAGUAGUAUGCUAGUAGUAGCGUAGUAGUAGUAGUGUAUGUAGUAGUAUAGUAGUGUAGUCAGUAGUAGUAAGUAUAGUAGUAGUAGUAUAGUAGUAGUAGCAGUGUAGUAGUACGUAGUCGUAGUAGUAGUAGUAGGUAUAGUAGUAGAGUAGUAAGUAGUAGCAGUGCAGUAGUAGUAGUAUAGUAGUAGAUAGUAGUAGUAGUAGUAGUGUAGUAGUAGUUAGUAGCAUUAGUAGUGUAGUGUAUGUAGUAGUAUAGUAUGUAGUAGUAGUAGUAGUAGUAGUAGUAGUAGUAGUAGUAGUAGUAGUAGUAUAGUACUGUAGAGUAGUAGUAGCAGUAGUAUGUAGUAGAGUUAGUGUAGUAGUGUAGUAGUCUUGAAGUAUAGUAGUGUAGUAAGUAGUAGUGUAGUAGUAGUAGUAGUAGUAGUAGUAGUAGUAGUAGUAGUAGUACGUAGUAGUGUAGUAUGUAGGUAGUAGUAGUAGUAGUAGUAAGUAGUAGUAUGGUAGUUGUAGUAGUAUAGUAGUAGUGUUAGUAGUCAGUAGUAGUAGUAUGUAGUAGUAGUAGUAGUCGUAGUCGUAGUAGUAGUAGUCAGUAGUAGUCAGUAGUAGUUAGUAGUAGUCAGUAGUAGUAGUAUAGUAGUAGUAGUAGUAGUAGUAUAGUAGUAGUAGUAGUAGUAGUAGUAUGUAGUAGUUAGUAGUAGUAGUAGUAGUAGUAUAGUAUAGUAGGUAGUAGUUAGUUAGUAGUAGUGUAGUAGUAUAGGUAGUGAGUAGUGUAGUAGGUAGUCGUCGUAGUAGUUAGUAGUAGUGUAGUGUAGUGUAGUAGUGUAGUGUGUUAGUAGUAUGUAUUAGUAGUAGUAUGUAGUAGUAGUAGUAGUGGUAUAGUAGUAGUAGUAUGUAGUAGUAGUGUAGUAGUGGUAGUAUGUAGGUAGUAGUAGUACGUUAGUGCUGUGUAGUGUAGUAGUGAGUGUAGGUUUAGUAGUAGUGUGUGUAUGUAGUGUAGUGGUAGUAGUGUCAGUAGUGGUGUAGUUAGUCGUGGUAGUACGUGUAGAUAGUGUUAGUAGUAUGUAGUACGUACGUAGUGUAGUUAGGUGUGUCGUAGUAGUGUAGCGUAGUAGUAGUAUUAGUAGUCGUAGUAGUAGUGUAGUAGUAGUAGUAGUAUAGUAGUAGUAGUAGUAUAGUAUUAGUAGCGGUAGUAGUAGUAGUAGUAGUAGUAGUAGUAGUAGUAGUAGUAGUAGCUACUACAUUUGUCGAUGUCUGUCACCUUGAUGACUCAAAAUUCUCUCGACCUGUGUGCACCUACGUUGUAAACUUUCAUUCAUAGGCUAGGUUGUAGCAACCUCAUGAUGGGUACAGGGAACAUUAGAGUAUCAUGUAGUAGCCUAAACCUAUCGGUGUUACAUUGAACUGGGUGAAUGGAAUAUGAAUGACAGUCAUCCGAUGUGCUGUAAUAGAAAUAAGGCCAUGUUCAUAAAAAUUAAAAAUCCUCCCUCAUCUUAAAACGGCACCUACCACCACUGAAUCUGAGGUACCCAAAAUAUUUUCGGCCAUGGAAUCGCUUUUAGGCGAUCAUUACAAAAGACGUGUAAGACUACAAAAAAUAUCCUAUUAUACCAGAGACUCUUUAUUUAUACCUUCAAGGGAAGUUAGUACUGCCUAGUGCCCUAACGCCCUGUUUCUACUCCCUGACUUGUUGUUCUUUGUCUGGGUUACCAGGUGCUGGAGGCCACCCGCGUCACCCGCAGGAAAAGCAACAUGGCGUUGAGGUGGGAGGCGGGGCUUUACACUAACGAGGACGGAGAAGAAGAGGAGGAAGAGGAGUAG